CUGCACCAAGAGCAAAGAGGAUUUCCAGUGUCUUCUAAUAACUUUCAUCUGCACCUGAGGCUAUGGCUAUAUUAACAUCAGUUUUGUUGCUGGGACAUCUCCCAAUGAUUUGGACUAUAAACAUGACCUUCUUCCCAUGUGACGCUAAUGCCAAAGGCAAUGAAGUAUACUGCUCUGAUAGACCACUCAACCGUGUCCCCUUAAUUCACUCAAAAAUGGUAUCACUGCUGGAUUUGAGUAAUACUAAAAUAAGAUAUCUGCAGAAACGUUAUUUUCAAGGCAUCCCAAACCUUCAGACUUUAAAACUAAAUUGUAUACCCAAUUGUCAAGUGCUGAAGCCAUACAAAUUGGAAAUUGACAAAGAUACUUUUACAACUCUUCAAAAGCUUCAAAACCUCUAUCUAUUUGGAAAUGGCCUCUCAUCUCUCCCCUGGUUACCCAAAAACCUAAAGGUUUUAGAUAUACGGAGUAACAGCAUAUUUCGUAUUGACAGCUUGAAAACCCCCAAUCUUGAGGUUCUGUACCUUUCAAAGAAUUGCUUUUAUGCCAACAAAUGUAAUCAGUCUCUCUACAUAGGCGAGGAUGUUUUUAAAAAUCUACCCAAGUUAAAAAGCCUGUAUUUAGGGUAUAAUAAUCUGACCACUGUUCCCAAAGGAUUGCCCUUGUCCCUUGAAUAUCUGGAUCUAAAAGAGAACACAAUCACAGAAAUACCUGAUUAUGCAUUCUCCAAUUUGACCAAACUGACUCAUCUGAGUUUGGAGUGGAAUUGCCAGCGCUGUGACCAUGCAGUAAGACCAUGCUUUCCUUGUCCAAAUGAUACUGCUUUGCAUUUAUACUCAAACUCAUUAUUUUGUGAAAACAGUUCCAUUGUCACUCUAAGCUUGAGAGGGAACUCGCUAAAAACAUUUCCAGAAGGCUUUUUUACAUCUUUAAAAAAACUGAAACGGUUGGAUUUGUCGGACAAUUUUCUUGCCCCGGUGAUUCAAAAUGGUACUUUCUUUACAGAGCUGAAAGGCUUACAAUAUAUAAGCCUUGUCUAUAACUAUGAGCCUAAAACAACAUACAAUGAACUCAUCCUUUCACCACAUUUUGCUGAAAUGUCAAACCUACACACUCUACGUCUUACUGGUUAUUUUUUCCAAAAGCUGUCAGAUGACAGCUAUAAAGUUCUAUCAAAACUUCACAAUCUAACAUUUUUAGAUCUUUCUAUGAACUUCAUUAACAGCUGUAAUUUUACAGCUCUCAGCAUAUUACCAUCAAUAACAAUCAUUGACAUUUCCCAAAACAUGUUUAAAGGUGUUGGACUGUGCAAUGAGCCUCAUGCAUAUUCACACUCUGAGCAACCCUUUUCACAAAUAGAACAAAAAGUCCCCACUGUUGAAUACAGCUCUCAAGACAAUUUAGUUAUGCCAAAUAUAAAGUCAGACAAUAUGUUUUUAACUAUAGCAGACUUUAAAAGAGCUAUCUGCUACGAUAAACUGACAUUUAACUUAUCUGCAAAUGAUAUUCUCCUUCUGCACCAAGAUGUGUUUAAAGGGAUGGAGAAUGCUGUUUGCAUUGACCUUUCCUUUAACUACAUGAGUCAACCAUUAAAAAAUGCUUCAUUUUUCACAAACAUGACAAAUUUGGCUUAUCUUGAUUUGUCUUACAAUAGAUUGGAUCUUUAUUACAAUGAGUCUUUCAGUGAAAUCAAAAACACCCUAAAGGUUUUGGACCUUAGUAAUAAUAAUUUCCAUUUUAUCUUGAAGGGUUUGGGUCACAAUUUUGAUUUUCUUAUUAAUCUGACAAAAUUAUCAGUUUUGAGUUUAGCAAACAAUGAUAUUGGGAUGCGCAUAAGCAAGAGGCUUAUCAGUAGCUCUUUAAAUUACUUAUAUUUCAAUGGCAAUCACUUGGGUGUUAUGUGGGAACCAGAAAACUAUAACUACCACCAUUUUUUUCAAAAUUUGACAAAUCUAACUCACCUUGACAUUUCUGAUAAUCGCCUAAUAGAGAUUAUACCAGAAGUUUGGUGUAAUUUCCCAACAAGCCUAAGAUUUCUUAAAAUCAGCAAGAAUGAACUGACCACUUUUCCUUGGCAAAACCUCUCCGCAUUACUACAUUUGGAAUACUUGGACCUUAGUCACAAUCGAAUUCACCAAUUGCCACAAACAGUAAAGUUUGGAGCCAAUUUUUCCACUUUGGACCUCAGCUACAAUGGGAUUGCUUCUAUUCCUGAUCUCUUCUUUUCAAACAUUAAAUCAUUACAAUUUUUAUAUCUCAAUAAUAAUCAGAUAAAGGAGUUUCAUCAGGAAUUAUUCCCAGUCCCUUUAAAAAAUGGUAGCACUCUACGUAAUCUCAGUCUUCAUUACAACCCCUUUAGGUGUGACUGCGACACGGCUUGGUUUGCAGACGUUUUGAGUAAAACUCCAAUAACGAUCCCUCAUCUCACCACCCUCGUGCAAUGUGGAUUUCCAGAGUCACAACAGGGGAAAAGCAUUCUCCAGUUGGCUGGACAGAGUUCCUGUCAGGACAUAUAUGGCUGUCUGGCUUUCCUUGUGUGCACCUUCUUGUGUGUGAUGUUGACAGCUUUUCCCCUGCUGAAUCAUCUCUACAGCUGGGACUUGUGGUACAGCAUCCAGGUGCUUUGGGCUAGACACAGGGGUUAUUCUCAGUUAGCAGGAAGUGAUUCCAAACACCAUUAUGAUGCGUUUGUGCUGUUUGACACUAAAAACCCAGCUGUGAGAGACUGGGUUUACAAUGAGCUAAUCUGUCAUUUGGAAAACACGGAGCACCGAAGAUUUUGCCUCUGUUUGGAAGAGAGGGACUGGAUCCCUGGAUUGUCCUGUAUUGAGAAUCUACACAAUGCGGUCUACAAAAGUGUGAAGACCGUGUUUGUCUUGUCCUGUGGUGGAGACACAUCUAAUGGGGUGAUGCGCCAGGCCUUCUUCAUGGUUCAACAGAGACUUUUGGAUGAAAAGGUAGACUCAGCUGUACUUGUGCUGUUGGACGACAAGUUUCCAAAAAUCAAGUAUCUGGAGCUGAGAAGACGACUGUGCAGAAGAUCUGUUCUGUCCUGGCCCAAAAAUCCAAAGGCUCAACCUUUGUUCUGGAAUCAUAUGAGGACAGCAUUGUCUUUAGACAACCUCAAGUUUUAUGACAAAAAAAUGAGCCAAAGUUUUGUGUAACAAUAUCUACUGCACACUAAAUCACAGGUUAUGGUUGCUCUCAGUUAUUUAUCGCUAAAAUGUGCUCAUUUUAACAGUAGAGCACAGGACUCUAUUAAAUGUGUACCGUAAAUGAAUCUUAAGUGAAACACGUAACUACUGUUUUUAUCAGAUGACUCACAGCUGUGGUUAAAAAACCAUGUCUGUGUGACUUGGGCAACUUCCCUCCUCUUUACCAUGUGACAAACGGUUUUACAUCAUGUUUUCUGCUUUAUUGUACGUUUUUGUAGCGUUAUAUCACACUAAAACAUGCCAGUAAAAGGUCUUUGAUAAACAGGGAAAAUAACAUUGCAUCGUGACAUUUUCUGUCGUUUCUAUGCAUUUAGAA